AUGCAAACUUACCGCAUCUCCAACAAGCUCCCUCAGGCUUACAAGAUCAUCAAAGUCACUCCUCAAGUCACUCCAGUCAGAACAAUGUUCUCCUUCCCACGCUUCCCUUCUGGCGAAUUCGCCCCUCUCUUCCGUCUUCUUGACGACUAUGCCUCGCACCAGAUUUCCCGCCAGGGCGACGACUUUGGCAACUUUGGCAACCUCUCCCAGCUUCGCUCCUUCCAACCUCGCUUCGAUGUGAAGGAGGUCAAGGAUGGUUACGAGCUGCACGGUGAACUCCCCGGCGUUGACCAGAAGGACAUUCAGAUUGAGUUCACCGAUGCCCAGACCCUGAGCAUUAAAGGUCGCACUGAGCGCCACCGCGAGUCUGGCACUCCUCCCGCUGCUCUCGAGGGCCAGCAAGAAAAGGGUCGUAUCACAUCUGGCGAAGAGACUCCCGACAGCUCUACCCACCACUACCAAAAACCCACCGUCGAGGACGAGAACGCCGCUCAAUCCUCCAACACCGAGCAGCAGGUCACCACCACCGACAAUCAAAACCAGCAAGUCCAGCACCAGAGCGAGCAGCGCCCUCAGUCCCGUUACUGGGUCUCUGAGCGCUCGGUCGGCGAGUUCUCCCGCUCCUUCGCCUUCCCUUCUCGCGUCGACCAGGACAAUGUUCGUGCCAGUCUCAAGGAUGGCAUUUUGAGCAUUAUUGUCCCCAAGGCUUCUGCACCCACUACUCGCAAGAUCAACAUUGAGUAA